CGGAAAGUCCCGCCCCACGGCGACUUGAGACGUCAGAGUCGCCAUGGCCAGCUACCACUACGGGCAGGGCUGCCCAGGAGCUGGAGGACAAGCACCCGGAGCCCCUCCGGGUAGCUACUACCCCGGACUCCCCCAUGCUGGAGGGCAAUAUGCUAGCGGGGUACCCCCUGGUGGCGGAUAUGGAGGAGGUCCUGCCCCUGGAGGGCCUUACGGACCACCAGCUGGUGGAGGGCCCUAUGCACACCCCAACCCUGGGGGGCUCCCUUCUGGAACUCCAGGAGGACCGUAUGGUGGCGCGGCCCCAGGGGGCCCCUAUGGACCACCACCUCCAAAUUCCUAUGGUGCCCAGCAUCCCGGGCCUUAUGGACAGGGAACACCUCCUCCAGGUGGCACCCCUCCCAAUGUGGAUCCCGAGGCUUACUCCUGGUUCCAGUCAGUGGACUCCGAUCACAGUGGCUAUAUCUCCAUCAAGGAGCUGAAGCAGGCCCUGGUCAACUCCAACUGGUCCUCGUUCAACGACGAGACAUGCCUCAUGAUGAUAAACAUGUUUGACAAGACCAAGUCAGGCCACAUUGAUGUCUACGGUUUCUCAGCCCUGUGGAAGUGCAUCCAGCAGUGGAAGAACCUCUUCCAGCAAUAUGACCGGGACUGCUCGGGCUCCAUUAGCUACACAGAGCUGCAGCAAGCUCUGUCCCAGAUGGGCUACAAUCUGAGCCCCCAGUUCACCCAGCUCCUGAUCUCCCGCUACUGCCCGCGCUCUGCCAGUCCUGCCAUGCAGCUAGAUCGCUUCAUCCAGGUGUGCACCCAGCUGCAGGUGCUGACCGAGGCCUUCCGGGAGAAGGACACAGCUGUGCAGGGCAACAUUCGGCUCAGCUUCGAGGACUUCGUCACCAUGACAGCUUCUCGGAUGCUAUGACCAGCCCAUCUGUAAAGUGGGGAGCGCACCAAGGGACUUUUCCUGGCUCCUAGGGUGGGAGAAGCAUGUGGGCCUCUCUUCAUUUCCUGCCCUUCCUAGAAAAAGAAUUCUCCCCUGCCUGAUUCAGCAUUGUUCCCAAAGAGGGCUGGGAGUCUGUGUCAUAGCCACCAGGUAGUGGGGACCUGGGCUGAGACCACACAGGUAGGGGCCUGACCUAGGAGAGGACUGGAAAUUGAAUGUCCUUUUACGUCCCUGAGUAUUUAAAUGGCACAGGCUUGCGCCAGGUGCCAGAGAUGCUGGUCAUUGCAAUGGAGUUAGUGUCCAGUCAGCUGGCUCCAGACUCUAGCUUUUCCUUCUAUGCCCUGACGCCAGGUAAGUGUUCAUCAGCCUCUUAACGAUUGGCCCCUGCGUUCCCUCACCCACGCUGUCUUGUCAGAUGAACCCAGUUUCUCCAGAAUGGAAUCUGACCAGGGUGAGAGAUUUGCCCAUGGGACCAGUGGCUUGGAUUCCACCCCCCACAAGUCCGUGUGUGUUGACUUCUAGCUGCCUGUUCAGGGACCUUGGGCAGUCUGCUCUCUGGGCAUCUUUGGCCAGGCUACCCCUCUGCAGCUUGGACCCCUCAUACUUGCCUGCCAUCCUCUGCUUGGCUUCAGUCCCCAGGGGACAAGUUGCUACCUCCCACUGCCAAUGCUUUUUUUUUUUUUAUUUGUGGUUGUUUUCAUUUGGGGCCAAAAGUUUGGUGCAACUGUAAGCUUCAAUGCAAGAAUAAAGCUCUGGAGUUCCACAUUUUCCACCACC